AUGGAAACAGGGAAUUACUCUGCUGUGACAGAAUUCUUUCUGGUGGGACUUUUCAGAUACCCAGAGCUCCAGCUUUCUCUGCUCAUGUUUUGCCUCAUCAUGUACCUGAUAAUCCUCCUGGGAAAUAGCCUCCUCAUUAUCAUCAUCAUCCUAGAUUAUCGUCUCCAUACCCCCAUGUACUUCUUCCUUGGAAACCUCUCAUUCUUGGAUAUCUGUUAUACAUCCUCUUUCAUUCCUCCAAUGCUCAUCAUAUUUAUGUCUGAGAGAAAAUCCAUCUCCUUCUUUGGUUGUGCUCUGCAGAUGGUUGUCUCCCUUGGCUUGGGCUGCACUGAAUGUGUCCUUCUGGCUGUGAUGGCCUAUGACCGGUAUGUGGCCAUCUGCAACCCACUGAGGUAUCCCAUCAUCAUGAACAGGGUGUUAUAUGUGCAAAUGGCUGCAUGGUCUUGGAUCAUAGGCUGUCUGAAUUCUCUAGUUCAAACAGUCCUGACAAUGGUGUUGCCUUUCUGUGGAAAUAACAUCAUCGAUCAUCUGACCUCCCACCUGACUGUGGUCAUCUUAUUCUAUGGUUCAGCUCUUUUUAUGUACAUGAAGCCCAAGUCAAAGGACACAAAAACAUCUGAUGAGAUCAUUGGGUUGUCUUAUGGAGUGGUAACCCCAAUGUUGAACCCCAUCAUCUAUAGCCUGAGGAAUAAGGAAGUAAAAGAAGCUAUGAAGAAAGUCCUCAGCAGACACCUGCACUUAUGGAAAAUAUGA